AUGGCCGUCGCUUUGCCCCCACAUCCUUUACCGGUUGACGAAUAUCUCCCGGGGCCCUCUACGACCGUCAGAAAUCGAAUGGAUAGCGGUAGCACCAUUACCGCCAAAAGAGUGCCUUCGUUUCGCGACAGGCAGUUACCGCCGAUCCCGCAGAACGACGGCGGCGACGUAAGGCCGACCUCGACCGUUAGGCCCAGAAUGAGGAGCAAGUCGCCGCCUGUCGCGAAAUCGCGCCAUCUGUCGUCGUUUCUGCCUUCGUACUCGCGUCGGCUCACUUUCCCCACCUUGCUCAGGCAGAAUCCCCGCGUAUUAGCUCACUUGCUGCAAUUUAUGUCUUGGGCGGAUUUUCUAUCGCUUGCGGGUACAUGCAGAGACUUCAUGAACUUGUUGGGCCCUCUCGAGACCAAGGACGUCCUACUGUCUCGGUUCAUCCCUGGGUACAGCGACGCCCUGCGUAGCCGCGAUCUGCGAAGAUUCCGUGACGUCUCGAUGUCAUUACAUGACUUGAACCUGCUGAUCUUGUCCGAGAUGACACCCCUCCACCAAUACCCUAUGCACGCCUUGUCCUGCCUCUCCGCAUUUAUGACGACCCUGGAUCAAGAGGAACGGACGCACAGACUUAUUGCGUUGACCCAGGCCCAUUCUCGAGCCGUGCUUCUUCUCCAAUCUGUCGUACAUAGUUCAUCUUACCCCAUCCCACCCGAGCCCCGAGAUGACGCGAAAGCCAGUCUCCGGAACUUACAGCGCCCCAUUCUUCGUGAACUAACUUUCCCAGCUCCUCUAUCUUAUCAACUCUCCGAUCACCCGGUACGGGAUGAGCUUGCGUCGAGAUCGCCAUCAAAUAGCAAACAUGUGCGAGGUCACACUGUCGCUGAUGUUGCUCCCGGUCUCCAUCAGCGCCGGAGUGUGCCAAAGGCGCCUGCCAGCUCCACUCCUUCGGUUGCCGCCAAAGCCAGGAAGAGACUUUCCAAACUAGUUAAUACCCCAGCUGCUCCUCCUCCCCCACCAGCGUCCAUGCCUCGAGCACUCAAAGUCUAUUCAGACGGAUGGAGACGGGCCUCCAGGUUUCCCGUUGCAGCCACACAGUCAGAUGACGAAGGAGGCAGUGCAGCGUUCAGCAGGAGAACCACCAUGGUCUUGCCAAAUGGCUAUGGUUCAAUCCCUCUGAAACGCCCGAGCCGAAGGUUCACCUCUGCGAAUGCUUCCAGCGACUCGUCGAUUGACUCUAGUCCGUCGCAAUCACACCUGUCGCGGAGUUCCAUCGUCGACACGCCAUCGUCAUCCCCUGCUGCUCUGUCACCUUCAGCCUCGACUCACGCCUCGUGCAAUUCGCUCGCACCUCCACCCCACGACUUGAAUAUGGCAAAGUGGAGGGCUCGCGCGCCCAUUCUACGCGUGUUCGUCCCUUGCACGGAACUUUCCACCGGCAACUCGAACAGUAUUGGCAAGUGCAGGGAACAACUCGUCGAAUCCAGGCUCUGGGGACAUCUCUCCGCAGGAGAUAUUGUUUGUAAUCUAGGGUACGUUCCUGGUGGUCCACGGGCGCAAGCCUCCGAAGAUUCGAACGUGCAAGCACCGGAGUUUGACGACGCUGAGACGCCAAGUCAACAGAAGUGGCUGCUUUACGACGGCGAAGAUCUUGUGCCCUACUUACCUCCUCAUCCGCCCCCUGUCUUGGAUGUACUGACGCUUCCUUCGCCAUUCUAUUACACGCACAUCAUGCCUGCGUUGGCCAACCCGCCAUUUAUCGUCGAUAGGCUGCCGAUGUUUAAUGAGGGGCCUCAAAUGACUUUGUUACAUUCAUCGACGCGAGUGAAGAGUCCGCAUUCUCCGAAUGGCUACGCCGUGGUGAAGAAGCACAUGUGGAUCGCCCGAGUAGUUAAGUACCCAUCCACAGGAUACGAGGAGGACGACGCCAUAGGUGAAGGGUGGACGGGAGAGUGGAUAUUAGAGGGGGAGGGAACAAGGGAGGGAAGGCAGGCAUUAUUGCAGUGCUUCGAUCGGUGGGCCUCUGGUGUAGUUAAGAAGGAAUUGGAGCUGGUGAGAGACAAAAGCGGUGGAGGUCGAUUAUGGUUCAAGCUGUUAAAUUCAUACUCGGACAAUCUGGAUCCCACGGACAACGGUCAGAUGGCUAUUUAUGCGUGA